AUGCGUGAAAUCGUGCACGUGCAAGCCGGUCAAUGCGGUAACCAAAUCGGAGCGAAAUUCUGGGAAGUGAUCUCGGAUGAGCACGGAAUUCAGCCCGACGGAUCGUACAAGGGAGAAUCCGAUCUUCAAUUGGAGAGAAUCAGUGUCUACUACAAUGAGGCUAGCGGUGGCAAAUACGUCCCCCGCGCUGUGUUGGUGGAUCUCGAGCCGGGAACGAUGGACUCCGUUCGAUCGGGUCCAUACGGAGCCAUCUUCCGUCCCGACAACUUUGUCUUCGGACAGUCGGGAGCCGGAAACAACUGGGCCAAGGGGCACUACACUGAGGGAGCCGAAUUGGUGGACAAUGUUUUGGAUGUGGUGCGAAAAGAGGCCGAGGGAUGCGAUUGCCUUCAGGGCUUCCAAUUGACGCAUUCGCUCGGUGGUGGCACUGGCUCGGGAAUGGGAACUCUUUUGAUCUCGAAGAUUCGUGAGGAGUAUCCCGAUCGUAUUAUGUCCUCGUUCUCCGUUGUCCCAUCGCCAAAGGUGUCGGACACAGUUGUCGAGCCCUACAACGCCACCCUUUCCGUGCAUCAAUUGGUCGAGAAUACCGAUGAGACAUUCUGCAUUGACAACGAGGCUCUUUACGAGAUCUGCUUCCGCACAUUGAAACUCCAGAACCCGACCUAUGGAGAUUUGAAUCAUCUCGUGUCGAUGACGAUGUCCGGAGUGACAACUUGCCUUCGUUUCCCCGGUCAACUCAAUGCUGAUCUCCGUAAAUUGGCUGUGAACAUGGUUCCAUUCCCUCGUCUUCACUUCUUCAUGCCCGGUUUCGCCCCACUCUCCGCCAAGGGAACCGCUCAGUACAAGGCUUGCACCGUUGCCGAGCUCACUCAGCAAAUGUUCGACGCGAAGAAUAUGAUGGCUGCCUGUGAUCCUCGACACGGAAGAUACCUCACCGUGGCCGCGAUGUUCCGCGGGCGAAUGAGCAUGCGUGAGGUUGAUGACCAAAUGUUGGCGGUGCAAAACAAGAACUCGUCCUACUUCGUUGAAUGGAUCCCCAACAAUGUGAAGACUGCUGUGUGCGAUAUCCCACCCCGUGGCCUCAAGAUGUCCGCCACUUUCGUCGGAAACUCGACCGCCAUCCAAGAGCUCUUCAAGCGCAUCUCUGAGCAAUUCACUGCUAUGUUCCGUCGCAAGGCUUUCCUCCAUUGGUACACUGGAGAGGGCAUGGAUGAGAUGGAGUUUACCGAGGCUGAGUCGAACAUGAACGAUCUCGUCUCUGAGUAUCAACAAUAUCAGGAGGCGACCGCCGAGGACGAGGGCGAAUUCGAGGGUGACACCACUGGCGGAGCCCAGGCCGACUACGAA